GUACUUGACCCAUGGUAUUUACACCGAUGCUGCAAGAAGUGUCUGUUCCAAUACGAAUUCCCUUUGGUUAGACAAGGAGAAAUUCAGGGCUUCAGGAUCCGCUAGCGAAUUUACAUUCGCCCGGUUCAUUGGGCUUCCAUUAGGGGAAUCUGGGGUUUCCUAACUCCGAGAACUCUGUCUUCUGUCCUGAUUCUGGAGGCUUCCGAGGAGCGAGCUGCCUCUCCAUCACGCCCUCUGCACGCUUCUUGGAAGGGGUCAUUGGUCUUACAAAACUGAAGGGCUUGAAUUAAAAGGCGGCCCGUUGGUCUGUUGGAACAUUCCCCAACAAUUAACUGAGCAGCUGCUCUGCCCACCCCAGGCUCUCAGAAGCUUGCCCGCGUGCCCACAUUCUCUGGUGUCCUAGCAACCGGAAACUCAUCUGAGCUCCAGCCGGGGCAGAGGCCAUUCUCUCCCUGACCACUGUGACUUGCAGGCUCCCUGGGCCCCUGAGGACCUGUCCGUGCAGCUUGUGGGUCCACUGAAAGCCACCGUUUGUCCCCAUGGAUGCCCAGAAGGCCAGCCCAGCCGGCCCCUAGCCUCGGCAGAAUGAGCUUCUCGCUCACGUUCUCGGAGCUGGUCAACAUCGCCAUCCCACAGCGCGGGGUGGUGAACUUCAAGGCCCUGCACCUCCUGCUCCAGGGCAUCCUGGAGCACAUCCACAUGGCUGACCUUGAGAAGGUCCUCUCGGGGGACGAGGACUUCCUCCACACCUCGCCAGCCAUGUUCAUGACCCGGGAAGGAGACUCCCAGCCCAACUUUAACCCCAUGAAGAGGCUUGGCAACGUCUUCGACCACCUGGUGAGCUGUGUGGACAAGAUGGAGAGCCAGCUGGCCGUGCUGCAGGAACUGCCCUCUACCUCCCAGCUGCUGGAGGCAAGCCAGGGCACUGGCCAGCCCGCCCAGGACUUGUGGAACCUGAUAAAGCUCCGGAAGAUAGUGGAGGGCAACGAGGAAGCCAUGGCCAAGUCCAUGAAUACCCUGCAGGAUUUGCUCACCGACAUUUACGCACUCAAGGUCACCGUUGAAAUCCUCAGGAAGGAUGUGGCCAUGCUGAAGGACAUGUUUGACAAGAUGCAUCUGGAAAGAAUAGAUACUUUCUCUGAAGAUUUGAAAGGGCAGAAUCGGAAGAUGAGUACACUGCAGCGGGAAGUGAUUUCUCUCCAGAACAAGAUAACCACCAUGCCCAAAACUGAGGACAUGGUGCUCUGGAGCAGCCUCCAUGAGGCCAUGUUCACCCCGGGAACUGCUCCACAACUGCUGGAUGAUUCCGAGCUGUGGCAGAUUGCAGAAUAUGUUGCAGAGACCGACCUUCCCCAGACGGCUGAGUACCAUGAAGAAGUUAGCCACGGCCAGGUCGUGGAGGCCAUCCAGCGCCCCAGGUUCCUGGAGACCAUCUGGCAUUACCAAGUCCCAGGGCAGCGACAGGAGGAGGAGUCUGCCCAAGAAGCUCUGCUCCCCAGGACCCAGGGGUCGGACCAGGCCCAAGUGCUCCAACCUGGGCCUGCGCCUGGACCUGGGCCUGCCCCUGGACUGGGGCCUGCCCCAGGUCCUCAGCCCACACAAUCAGGAUCCUGGCCUGUACCACCACAAGGCUGGCCUCCUCCCAGAGGCUUGCCCGGGACUAGCUUGGUCUAUCCCAAGCAGCUAUCCCAGCUGGCGACAUCGGCAGCCCUGGCAGCUAAGGCAACUGCCAGGCUGGUCAGGGACACCCCGGCCACGAAAUUGGCCACCAUAGCAACAUCGGUGGCCGCAUCCGGACCCUUAGGGGUCCUUGCAGACAUCCUGGGCGUGGGGACCUCCCGCGGGGCCUUCACCGAGGAUGACGAGAUGGAAGACUUGCAGGAGGUGGACUAUGAGGACGUCCUCUCUCCUUCAUUCUCUUCUGCCAGUGUCCCUCCCAACAUGGCCCUGUCCCAGGCCAUGCUGGCUGCCAAACAGGCCAUGACCCCUGAAGACAAGAAGAACACCAUCAGGUAUUCCAUGAACCACAUAGCCCAGAUGCCCAUUAGACAUGACUCCCUGAAAGAAGAGUUUGCCCAGCUGUCAUCCAACCUGCAUCAGCGUAUGACUUAUCUAGCUAAUAUGGGAGCCUCUUCCAAACUUGGGACAACAGUGGACGUAUUGCAAGAAAAGAUUGGCAGCCUUCAGAAAUCCAGGAUGAGGGAGGAGGAACUUGAGAGAAUUUGGGGCCACCAGAUAGAGAUGAUAAAGGACCACCACCUCGUGCUGGACAGGGCAGUGGACAAGCUCCAGAUUCGCCUGGAUGAGUUUAAGGUUGUCCAUUCUCAGAUUAAAAACCUAGAAAUGUACAAGGCAGACAAAAGUGUGAUGGAGCAGGAGCUGAAAGAGAAAGCCGACAGGAGCUCCCUGGCAGGCAAGGCAAGCCGGGCUGACCUGGAUGCAGUGGCGAUGGAGCUGAAUGAGACGAUUCAGGGCAUACUAUUCAGGGUUAUGGCCAAUGAGGAUGACUGGAAGAAGACUGUGGAGCAGCUGGACAAAGACCUACACACCAAGGUGAGGACCCCUGUAUUAGUCACCACCUGCUGCGUAACAAAUUACCCUGAAAUUUAGUCCCUUAAGACAGCAAACGUUCACAGUUUCUGAGGGUUAAAAAUUUGGGAACAGCUUAGCUGAGUAGCUCAGGGUCUCCCACGAGGCUGUAGUCAGGAUGUCAUCUAGGGCUGCUGUCAUAUGAAGACUUGACUAGAGCUGGAAGAGCUGCUUCCAAGAUGGCGCCCUCACAUGGCUGUGGGCAAGACUCCUCACUUCCUUAUCACACAGAUCCUCCUUAGGGCUGCUUGA